AUCCUAUGACUUUCGAGCUCGUUACAAAAGUACAAUUUCUGCAAAAACGUAUUUUAAAAAUGUCCACUGAUAUAAUCGAUAAAGAGAGGAAGCUAAAAGAUACUGAGAAAUUAUAUAUGAAUCUUCGUGAUGUAUUGUCUAAGCAACCAAAUUUGCAAAUAACGAAAAAUUUAAGUAAGGUUCGAGAUAUUGUACGUACAAGAGGAGAGAAAAUCAAAUGCCUUAUUGCUGAACUGAAUAUGUACGAGUCGCAAGUAGACGGAUAUAAAGAAGAUAUGGCAACAAUGGUCAAUGAGACGAGUGAAUUAAAAAAAAUGUUUUAUGCGCAAAAAAAGAAGCUUCAAAAAAUAAAUGUGACAACCCUGAAAUCUACGUGCAAAACUAGUCUUCCAGAUAUUUUAGUAUCUACUAAGAAAUUUUAUGGUGGCGGCUUUAAAAUAACGACACCUACUUCAAAAAUUUGUUGUAUUGUGGACCCUUCAACACGCAAAUAAUAUAAAU